CCAUAAACAAUGACUUGUAAAAGUGCAAACAGCUUUGCUUAUGUAGCUUCAUUGACUAAAAGGUAGAUAACCAACUUAAAACCCUGUAGAAAUGGAAUUGAUGAGUAUAUCUUGGAAGAUUUCUCUUGCAGAAGAACACUAAACAACCAGUGACCAAAAAUGAAGUCUCUUCCUCUCCAUGCCUGCACUCCUAGCAUAUCCUCUGCCAUAAUCAACCGCUCAUAUUCACUCCUUCAUUUCACAGCCUUAGUAGCCUUGUUCUAUUACAGACUCUCUUCUUUUCUAUCCUCAAAACCAAAACCUUCACUUCCUUAUCUUCUAGUCUUUGCCUCUGAGAUGCUGCUCUCUAUCAUAUGGCUUUUUGACCAAGCUUAUAUGUGGAGGCCAGUUUCUCGAACAACUUUCCCGGAAAGAUUGCCAGAGGAUGAAGAGCUUCCUGGUAUUGAUGUGUUCAUAUGCACUGCAGACCACAAGAAGGAACCACCUCUGGAGGUAAUGAACACUGUUUUGUCAGCUAUGGCACUGGAUUAUCCACCCGAUAAACUUUCUGUGUAUCUUUCGGAUGAUGGGAGCUCAUCUUUAACAUUACAAGGUAUGAGAGAGGCUUGGUUGUUUGCCAGGUCCUGGCUUCCUUUUUGUAGAAGGUUUGGAAUCAAGAUUAGGUGUCCUAAGGUUUAUUUUUCAAGUUUGGAAGACAAUUAUUCUGGUCCCCUUCAUUCUCUGGAAUACGAGGAGGAAAAGGAGAAGAUCAAGGGAAUAUACGAGCUUUUUAAAGAACGUGUCAAUAAAGCAGGAGAAAUUAUUGGAAGUGAAGAGGCCACAAGCAGCAAAGAUCAUCCUCCGGUAAUCGAGGUGAUAAAUGAUGAGCCUAAAAAUGUUGCUGGAAUAAGACAAGCUAAAAUGCCUCUUCUUGUCUACGUUUCUCGUGAGAAAAGGCCUUCUCAUUCUCAUCAUUUCAAAGCUGGAGCACUAAAUGUUCUUCUUAGGGUCUCUGGUAUCAUGACCAACUCGCCUUACAUAUUGGUACUGGAUUGUGACAUGUACUGUAAUGACCCAACAUCUGCAAGGCAAGCAAUGUGUUUCCACCUUGAUCCAAAAAUUUCUCCCUCGCUGGCUUUCAUUCAAUUCCCUCAGAAAUUUCAUAACAUCAACAAGAAUGACAUCUAUGAUGGGCAGCUGAGAAAACUAUUCGUGAUAAGGUGGCCAGGAAUUGAUGGGCUUCAAGGACCCGUUCUGUCUGGCACUGGAUUUUACAUGAAGAGAGAAGCAUUGUAUGGCAAUCUUUCAGAGAAAGAUGUCAUGCGUCUAAAACAAUCUUUUGGACAUUCGAAUGAGUUUAUCAUGUCGAUUCACAAAAUCUAUCAAUAUCGCGCCAUCAAGAAUACAGAAUCAUCAAGCAAACUCCAAGAAGAGGCCAAAUUUUUAUCCUCUUGCACCUAUGAGAAAAACACUCUAUGGGGUGAACAGAUGGGUUUCUUGUAUCAUUCUGUAGUCGAGGAUUAUUUUACUGGGUUCAUCUUGCAUUGCAAAGGGAAAACUUCUGUUUUUUGUAAUCCUUCAAAGCCAGCAUUCUUGGGCAGCUCUACCACAAAUUUGAAUGACUUGCUAGUUCAAGGAACGAGAUGGAACUCUGGGUUGUUUGAAGUUACCCUCUCAAAGUUCUGCCCUUUCAUUUAUGGCCUAUCGAGAAUGCCAUUACUUCAAACCAUGUGCUAUGGCUACCUUGCACUUCAGCCUCUCUAUUUCUUGCCCUUGUGGUGUUUAGCUACGCUGCCUCAACUUUGUCUCCUUAAUGGCAUCCCCAUAUACCCUCAGGUUUCAUCUUCAUGGUUUAUGGUCUUUUCGUUCAUUUUUCUAGCUUCUCUCUUGAAACAUUUAGAAGAGAUUCUAUCCACAGGAGCCUCGAUCCAGACCUUGUUAAAUGAGCAGCGCGUUUGGAUGAUGAAGUCAGUUACCGCCUACACAUUUGGUAGUUUAGAUGCUAUCAUGAAAUGCUUUGGCAUGAGAGAAGCCAGUUUCCUGCCAACAAACAAAGUAGCCGAUGAUGAACAAGUUGCAUUAUAUCAAAUGGGAAAACUGAAUUUCCAAGCAUCAACAAUGAUACUUACGCCAAUUAUUACAUUAAUCAUUCUGAACAUGGUUUCCUUUAUUGGAGGAGUCGCUAGGAUGUUCAUUGCAGGAAGUUGGAAUGAAACAUUUGGGCAGGUUCUCUUCAAUCCACAAUCUACUGUUCUUUCCCUGAUGGGCUUCCAGAGUCAUGCAUUGCUAUAUAGUGCUCAAGGAAACCCUAAACGCAUUGUCUUGUCUUCAUAAUCAAGGCCACUUGCACACAGAUGUCAAGGCCGGGAACAUUCUUAUAUAAUCGAACGGUAAAGUAGAGCUCGCAAAUUUUGGCGUAUCAGCCUCAUUUUCGAAUUGAACACCUGUGAAAGACCAUACUCUUUGUCUUGCUCAUCAAGCAUGAGGUUAAAAAUGAUGUUGCAGGGACCCCGUAUUGGAUGGCACCAGUGGUUAUACACUCACAUACAGGAUAUAGUAUCAAAGCUGAUAUAUGGUCUUUUUGUAUUAUUGCAUUGGAAUUAGCCCAUUAUCGCCCUCCUUUGUCUCACCUGCCUCCUUCGAGGUGUUCGAUCAUGAAGAUAACACAGAGGUUUCGAUUCUCUGAUUAUCAUGAUGAAAAGCACAAGAAGAAUUGCAGGAACAAGAAGUUUUCUAAGGCUUUGAAGGUGAUGUACGAGACACUGAUGCAGAAGAUUCUGCAGCAAUUAAGCUGUCAGAUAUGAGGUUGAUGUUGCUGGAUUACCAUGAAAGGGCAGACCAGCGCAAGGAUAGUAGAAAAUAGUAGUCUAGGUUCGGUUUGAGAUAUUUUGCACACAUUUAGUAUUGUGGUCAUAAUUUUUGCUACGGGUGUUAGAAUGACACAAAUCACCCAAUUUCGAAAAGCUUGUUUCGGGUACUCGCACGAACUAGCCAUGCUUGCUAGAUGUUGUUUUGGACCCCAAAUUCUAUCAUUUAAUUAGGCCUCCAUUUUUCUA